AUGGCCAAGCGGGCGCAGCGAGGCGACGACGACGACUACCACCCAAGCCGCACUCGCCAGCGGACGAGCGAACCUGACUCGCGCAAGGCGGGCAGAGGAGCAGUCGCUUGCCUGCAAUGCCGCGCGCGGAAGAGUGUGUGUUCGCUGAGCGGGCCAGCCUGCGAAGGAUGUCAGAAGCGGGGCGAGGCGGAAUCCUGCUCCUUCCAGGCGCUCAUCUGGAUCGAGAACCUCGACGACCUCCCUUCGCGCCAGCUGAAGCGCAAAGUCGACCGCCUCGAAGCGCUCUUGCGCGGGCUCGCCGGUCUCCCGCCUCCUCCAGAACCCGCCAAACUCACGCCUCCGACAACAUGCUCACUCCCCGUCCCCGACUCGCCCCCGCUCGCCGUCCCUCAGCGCCCCUCGUCCGCUCCCGGUAGCGUCGAGACGGUCGUGCCGCCCUCGCCGACGAUGGACGAGCGCGCUCGGAGCGAGGCCUGCAAAGCCCUCAUCCGCGCCUUCCUCUCGGACGAACACGUCCUCGACGAGCCAGUCCUCGGCAUCGACCCCUCUGCGCUCUCUGCUCAACUUCGAGCAGUGGGGACAUGCCACCUCACCGCUUUCCCCGCUCACCGCGUCCCAAAUCCCGCAUCUCUGCACGAUACCCUCUCAGCAGACGAUUACCGCCAGACAGUCGAAGCUGUCCUGCCGACCCGCGCACAGGCGGAAGUCGCGCUCGAAGCGUACCUCGCGAGCGGUAACAGCGUCCUCCGCCUCCUCAACCCUCAGACGUUUCUGCAACAGUGCGAGGCGUACUGGACGACGGGCCGAGUUCCAGAACCGAAUUGGCUGGCGACGUACCUUAUUGCUUGCGCGUCGGGGUUGUUUGGACUUGACCGCUUGGGCGAGGCGAGUCAAGAGGCGUUGCCGACGGGUGCGCCACAGGAGUUGCUUGCGAGGACGUGGGCGGAUGCGGGACGGAGGGUGUUGAGCGCGAACAAGUUCCUCGUCAAGCCGACUGUUGAAGGCAUCCGAGCGUUCGCCCUCCUGCUUCCCUGGUGGUCCGCUGAAGGCUGUCGAUACUUCGAAGAAGCCCUCACUGUCAGCGCCAGCGUCGUCGCCUCAGCCCACGAACUCAACCUGCACCGCGACCCAGACGAAGUGGCCUCGAGCCUCUCUCCCGCCGAGAAGAACACCCGCAGGCGGAUCUUCUGGACGCUCUACGUCUUCGAGUCCAUGGCCCGACCCGUGCUGGGCAAGACCUAUCAGCCUUUCGACGAGGACGCCAUCACGGCUCGAUACCCCGACGAAACUGUCGAAGGCGAGACGGCCAUCGUCGGAUCCUCACCGAACAUCAUCUUCACCGCCGCGGCGCUCAACGCCCGAGUCUCGAGACUCAUGGUUCGGAGACAAGCAGUCUCGCGCAACGAUGUUCUCCACGCUCUGGACGAGCUCGACACGUUCAUCGGUCGCUACGAGGACCGUCCGCUUGCGACUGCUAUGUCGAGGUACUCGUAUAACCGUCUGUAUCGCUUCGCGGUGAGGCUGGGCUUGACGAUUCCGGGACAAGAUGUCGCCGCCGCAACGCAUUUUCGAGAUCUCCUGCUCAGUGUCGAGUCGAUGAGGCAGUCGCCCGUCCGAGGGAACCCGCUCGUCUUCCUGCGCAUUGUUUCGGCUGCUAUCGACGCCGCAGCCGACUUGCACGCCACAGCGACCUUCCCCCGCUCUCUUCCACCCCAACUCGCCUCCUUCGUCGACAGCCUCCGCUCACCCUUCUACGACCCGAUCCUCGCCCGCAUGGCCGCCCGCGCAGUAGUCAUCCUCGAUCACGUCCUCGACAAGCACGCGCAGGAGGAGUCGACGACUCAGCAGGGUUGGUCGGACUCGGCUUCGAACUGGAGUUUGGCGUCGUCCAAGAUUACGACGCCGUCGACUGCUGGCACCCAUUCGGAUUGUACUGCUUUCUUCCCCAACGACUACUCUCAGCCUUUCCCGCAACUGUACCAGCAGCCGACGUUCUCGGCACCUCCUCCGCCCUCGCUCUUCACCUACUCGCCGACUUCGAUGCCACCUCCACCGCAACAGCCCAAUCCUCAAUCGCAACAGCCCAAUCCUCAACCGCACUUUGCCGUCCCGCAAGUCCCGCAAGCCGUCCGCCCAUCUCGCCCCGCCCUCUCCGUGUACACUACCGUCGCGCCGCCCGCCCAGGCUGCGAAACUGCCUACGCCUAUUCACUCGCCGUGGAUCAACACGGCUACGACGCCCACGCGCUACGCUCAGGCGUACCAAUGGUCGGACCGCUUCAUGUGA